UGAUUAGUAGAACUCUUUAUAUUUUAAGGAAACCAGCCCUUUGUACUAUAAGCUGCAAAUAUUUUUUCCAAGUUUUUCAUUUCUAUUUUGAUUUUAAUAUGACUUAUUUUCCCAAGCAUAACUUUAUUUUGUUAAUUUACUUCCAAGCAGUACUUAAUACUGAUUUAGGGGGGCAGGGUCUCGGGCUAGUCAUGGCGUCCCCGUCUCGGAGGCUGCAGACCAAACCGGUCAUCACUUGUUUCAAGAGCGUCCUCUUGAUCUACAAAUUCAUCUUCUGGAUCACUGGUGUUAUCCUUCUUGCUGUUGGCAUUUGGGGCAAGGUGAGCCUAGAGAAUUAUUUUUCCCUUUUAAAUGAAAAGGCCACCAAUGUCCCCUUCAUGCUUAUUGGCACUGGCACUGUCAUUAGUCUUUUGGGCACCUUUGGCUGUUUUGCUACCUGCCGAGCUUCUGCAUGGAUGCUAAAACUGUAUGCAAUGUUUCUGACUCUCAUUUUUUUGGUUGAACUGGUCGCUGCCAUUGCAGGAUUUGUUUUCAGACAUGAGAUUAAGAACAGCUUUAAGAAUAAUUAUGAGAAAGCUUUAAAGCAAUAUAACGCUACGGGAGAUUAUAGAAGCGAUGCAGUAGACAAGAUCCAAAAUACGUUGCAUUGUUGUGGUGUCACCGACUAUAGAGAUUGGAAGGAUACUAAUUAUUACUCAGAAAAAGGAUUUCCCAAGAGCUGCUGUAAACUUGAAGGUUGUCCUCCUCAGAGAGAUGCAGAUAAAGUAAACAAUGAAGGUUGUUUUAUAAAGGUGAUGACCAUUAUAGAGUCAGAAAUGGGAGUUGUUGCGGGAAUUUCUUUUGGAGUUGUCCAGCCGAUUGGAAUCUUUCUAGCCUACUGCCUCUCUCACGCCAUAACAAAUAACCAGUAUGAGAUAGUGUAACCAGCAUAACACGGGCCUAUUCCUCUCCAACUUUAAGGAUAUUAACAUCCCCACCCCCAACCCUGUGAAUUACAAGAUCACCUGGAUGGAAGACCGACAUUUCUUACAGAUAGAAUGAAAAACUAUACCAGUAGUCUGAUUCGAUCAAGACAUUUGCUUGAUAUGUUCGAAGUCCACCUUUUGUCCCAUUCAUGUUAGAUAGUUGAAAUCCC